AUGUUGCGUAGAAUAAAAUGCGUGUUAAAUCAGUUGGGCUGUCUACGAAAGCAAAAUGCUCGUCAAAAUAAAUGCAAGGACGUAUGAGCAUGACUUAGUCCAGUUGUAGCGGAGGCGCUACUGACGGAGACUCCAUUCCUUUGUAUAAAAACCUUUGCCCUAGCCUUAUUCAUAUUUAAUUGGUGAUUAUUAUUUUCUUUGGAUUUUUUUUUGCGUUCAGAUAUUCCUUUAAUACUUUCGUAGCUACUUCGACAAUUUGUGGAUUUUUUUCAAACUUAACACAAAAAAUGCUUACUGUACCACCGUGCUCUAUAGGACCAAAAUAAUCACUGUAGCAAUGUCACCACGCCUUAUAUGAUAUAAUGAGAAUGUCUACAGCUAAAAGAUUGGAGGUUGAGACUUGAAUACGUACUUACUGACACAAUUAAGGUAUGAAGGAAUUAUCACCCUCGAAACUCCUUGGUCUAAUUAGAUGCUUCUUCACAUUCAACAGUUUGAACAGUAGUCAGCUAGUUACGCUCAAAGUUGAUUCUAAACUUAUUCCCGUUUACUGUCACUUGAAAAUUGUUGGAUGUGGAGAUGGAGGAUGGACCCCAGUCAUGAAGAUCAACGGCAGCCUGAACACCUUUCAUUAUGAUUCUAAAUACUGGAGGAAUACGAAUGAAUACAAUCUUCCUGGAGGGGAGACUGGAUUUGACUCAGAGGAGACCAAGUUACCGACCUACUGGAACACAUCCUUCUCCAAGAUCUGUGUUGGUAUGAAGAUCGACCAACAGACUAAUUUCAUUGUCAUCAACAAGCAGGCCAACUCUCUGUACUCAUUGAUCGCUGACGACCAAUACCGCAAAACCUCAAUGAAUCGUUACACGUGGAAGACGUUGAUUGGCUCACAAGCCUCCUUGCAGGGCACAUGUAACAAGCAAGGUUUCAAUGCUGUGGGUACUGAUAGUUCAUAUUCUAAAGCAAGAAUCGGCAUUCUUGGAGACGGGAAAAACGACUGCGGAUCUUGCGACUCCAGAAUUGGCUUUGGUACAGGAGGGAAACAUGAUGACUCCAACACUUGCGGAAAUGAAGCAACACACUCACCAGAUAAUGGAGACAAACACAUUAAAGCCAUGGGUUACAUCUUGGUGCGCUAAGAAAGGAAAGCAAGAAACCCUCGAUCACACAGCCCUGAAUUUACGUCGAAUGAAUUAAUUUAGUUUAGAGCAUAAAUACGCUUUCACCCUCGUUACAAUUGUUGAAGGAUAUUUAAAACCCAAUGAUAUCGAAUUGGUUUUAGCUUUUUUAGCUAUUCUCUCGUCUUGUCCCAUUUAAAGUGAUAAGGCUACGAUAACAAAACUUGAAGAAACUAUUGCACCUGCUAAGGUCUGCAAUAGCUUCUGAUGUUCAUUAUCUUGCUAUAAAUUGUCUUCGAUAUGUUAGACACACAGUUGGAAGACUUAAAAUGAAAUAAGCCUCACCAGCCGUCAUCACUUUCACGGGCAAAUUGAUCCAGGAAAAAUAUAAUCCUCUAAACCACUUCUGUCUUUUCAGUUUCAAUGGUAGCUUACUCUUCAAUCCAAUGUUGACUUGCUUACGUAUGCGAUUUUUUCCUUUGAAAGAAGGCCUACUGUAUUGCCAGUUUUCAUGUGACGUCUCAUUUUCCAAAAUUGGAAAUUACUAAUUCCACUGAAAGUUUAGUUUUAUCAAAUGUAAGAAUCGUUAAUGACUUGACGUGUUACGACAUUUAAGCUCGACAGCGUUCUUCAUUUUGUAACAGAGCACGUAUGAAUUUCCAACUUUAUGGGUUACAUGACAUCAAAUAUGGGGGCCCGGGAAGGCUUUUGCGUAGGUCAAAAGAUGAGUCAUCGCGUAAGUUUUUGCUAACUGAACAGUUCUUACUCCAGAAGAAGAAUGAAUUGUAAUGUUUUGGAGUUCUGGAGUAAUAACGUUUCGUUUAAAUAGCAAAACUCAAUGACAGAUGUAACUGUUACUUAACAGGCGCCAUGUUUGUGUCCCUCCGAGGGGCUCCAACACGGCAUUUCCAUACAAAGCUCCACAAAUUUGGGUGAAACACUUCUCCAAAUAACGCUUGAAUGAAAAUCCGCCCAGACCUCAAUCUUGGUAAGAUGUUUAUAUAACAAUAAAUCUAUCAUAUCCCAGAUUCUUGAGUUAAUUUAUUAAAUGGUUACGACUUUUAUUUUUGAUUGCGUGACAGUCCAAACUAUUAAUCUUCCCAUAAGUCGUUUUAAUCCAGCGCCAUAUCGUCUAAGAAUAGUACCCAGC